CGGGUCGCGUGGAGGCUGAGGGUCCCCGGCGGCGGUCGCGGGCGGUCGGACGGCUGCGAUGGCGGCGGCCGGCGGGAAGCUGGCGCAGCGGCAGGACUCCACGCGCUUCGUCUACGUGACGCGCUUCGGCUCGCACCGCUGUGGCGGCGUCCUGCGGCUGGGCGGCCGCCGGGCCGAGGGCCGCUGGGGCCCGGGGCUGCGGGCCGGCGGCGGCGGCCUGGAGGAGCCGCGCGCGGCGGCGGCGGCCGCGACCCGGGACGGCGGGGCCCCGUCCCCCGGCUCCGAGCCCAGGAGCCCCGCGGCCUCGUCGGCGGCGCGGGCGUCGAGUGCACAGAGCGGCGGGAAGUCGGCGGCGCGUGCAGGUCUGAUCCAGAAGACUUCAGUUAAAAAGUAUGAUUUUCCCAUACCUGUCAAUGAAGCUUCCAAAAUAAUGAAGAAAAAGAAAAAGGUGUCCGUGUGGAAGAAGGUGCACAGGCUCAUUUGCAGGAUGCUCGAAGAGAAUGAAGAAUACAGACUCAGGCUCAAAGGCCAACGACUCUUUAGUGAAAGUAAGUUACAAUGUUCCUUGUCUUAAGGACUGGCUUCUGAAACGGUUC